AUAUAUGCAUGGAUAAAUUCAGGCUUCCGCCUCGCAUAUUUUCACAGUCUUGUCGUCGAGAGUUUCGAUAAAGGCUGACUAUUCACAAUGGCUGACAGGUCCAAGCGAGGCAGUGCCGCGCCUUCUCUUGUAGGAGGAGGGGCUGAUGAGUCCAUCUACAGGAUUCCCCCUUACUACUACAUCCACGUCCUGAAUCACAACACAAACGUCACCACAGUGGAGAUUGGCCCUCGUACUUACAUCAGGCAGGAUCAUGAAAGAGUCAUCUAUGGACCUGAGAAGAUGGUCAUGGUGCCGCCCCGCCAUUACGCCAUCAUCGAGAACCCUGUUCAGCGCAAAGAGGAUGGCACCGUGAUCGUUGAUAAGAGCGGACAGAUCAAACUUAGCCAUGCCGAUCAAGAGAUUCGCCUUACUCAGGACCCGUUCCCUCUCUACCCUGGAGAAAUGCUCAAACAGGCUGUGUCCCCACUGAAAGUUGUGCCUGCCAAUUCGGCCCUCCGCCUCCGCUCCAUCCUUGACUUUGAAGACGACGAGGGGGAGAAGCGAGUGGCCGGAGACGAGUGGCUCUUUGAAGGACCCGGAACUUACAUUCCCCGUAAGGAAGUUGUCGUGGACGAAACCUGCCGCGCAACAAUCAUCAAGGCCAACCAGGCCAUCAAGCUCCGGGCCAGGAAGGAGACUGUGGAUCGAGAGGACGAGGAGAGGGUGACGGGUGAGGAGUGGCUCGUCAAGAAGGUCGGCGCUUACCUCCCCGGAGCGUACGAGGAAGUCGUGGGCGUGGUCAAUGCUUAUGUACUCACAGACAAGAAAGCACUCCACGUCAGAGCCACUCGCACCUUCAAGGAUGAGCAGGGUGUGGUCAGGAAGAACGGUGAGGAAUGGCUGAUUACAAUGAACGACACGGAGGCACAUAUUCCACAGGUUUAUGAAGAGGUUGUUGGUGUUGUUGCCAUCACUACAUUGACCAACAGACAGUAUUGUGUGAUCCUGGAUCCAGUAGGAGCUGACGGCAAACCACAGCUGGGACAGAAGAAACUGGUCAAGGGUGAGAAGUCUUUCUUCCUGCUUCCGGGGGAGCAUCUUGAGAAGGGAAUUCAGGAUGUGUACGUCUUGGGAGAGGAUGAGGGUCUUAUGCUUCGCUCCCAAGAGGCCUUCAAGGACACAGAUGCAGAUAUCGACCGUAAGCCAGGUGACAAGUGGAUGAUCCGUGGGCCCAAGGAGUACGUCCCUCCAGUAGAGGUGGAGGUGGUUACCAAGAGGUCUGCCAUCCCGCUGGAUGAGAAUGAAGGUAUCUAUGUCCGAGAUACCAAGACGGGUAAGGUGCGAGCCAUCACAGGUGAGACCUACAUGCUAAACCAAGAUGAGGAGCUCUGGCAGAAGGAGCUUCCUCCCGCAGUGGAGGAACUCCUGAUGAACAUGAAGGACCCUUUGGCGGACCGUGCAUACCUGGCGCCAGAUGGUAAACGUGAAAAACGGAGAGAGAAGACUAGGGUUGUUACAUUCCGUGUUCCUCACAACGCUGCCAUGCAGAUCUAUGACUACAAGGAGAAGAAAGCAAGGGUUGUGUUUGGUCCCGAGUUAGUCAUGCUCGGCCCCGAUGAGCAGUUCACCCAGUUGAGUCUGUCCGGAGGGAAGCCCAAACGCCCCAACAUGAUCAGGUCACUGUGCCUUCUCCUCGGCCCUGAUUUCUGCACCGAUAUCAUCACUAUCGAGACAUCUGACCACGCCCGCCUUCAACUUCAGCUGUCAUACAACUGGCAUCUUGAUGUUAAGAAGGAAAGCCCUCCGGAAGAUGCUGCUAAACUCUUCAGUGUGCCUGACUUCAUCGGUGAUGCCUGCAAGGCAAUCGCCUCACGCAUCAGAGGGGCUGUGGCUGGAGUUGCCUUUGAUGAUUUCCAUAAGAACUCUGCAAAAAUCAUCCGUGCCUCCGUCUUUGGAAUGGACGAGAACCUGAAGAUACGGGAUCGGUUCCACUUCCCCCAGAACAACAUGGUCAUCACCAGCAUUGACAUCCAGUCAGUGGAGCCAGUCGACCAGCGCACACGAGAUGCGCUUCAGAAGUCUGUUCAGCUGGCUAUUGAGAUUACGACCAACUCGCAGGAAGCUACGGCCAGACAUGAGGCCGAGCGUCUUGAGCAGGAGGCAAAGGGUCGUCUUGAGCGUCAGAAGAUCAUGGACGAGGCGGAGGCCGAGAAGGCUCGUAAGGAGCUGCUCCUCCUCCAGGCCAACAGCGCAGCCGUAGAGAGUACCGGUCAAGCUAAAGCCGAAGCCCAGAGCCGUGCCGAGGCUGCACGCAUUGAGGGAGAAGCUGCCGUUGAGCAGGCAAAGCUGAAGGCUGAGGCUGCUAAGAUUGAAGCUGAAUCUGAGCUGGACCGUCUCACCAACGCCCGGGAGGCUGAGCUGAAGUACAUCACUGAACAGAACGAGAUGGAGGUGAACAAGGCUGGGCAGAUGUCCGAGAUCGAAACCUCCAAGUUCAACAAGAUGGUUGAGUCCAUCGGCUCGGAUACCAUCAAGGCCAUCGCUGUGUCAGGCCCAGAGAUGCAGGUGAAACUCCUGCAGGGACUUGGAUUGAAGUCUACCCUGAUCACAGAUGGCCACUCCCCCAUCAACCUGUUCAAUACUGCCCAGGGUCUGCUGGGUGGGAUCGCUCCAUCCCAGGAAUAAAGAACGACCGAGGAGAAGCGUUGAACCUAGGGGCCAGAUUUUUUCGCACGGGUUAGCACCUUAAGUCUCAGCAAGCCUUGCUGAAAAAGGGGAUGCACUCAUGUAUACAACCCUUGAUCAGUAGGGAAACUCCAUACAGUAACUCACAUAAAAUGAUGACAGUUACUAGAAAUCUUUCCAACGAGUUAGCAACUUAAGUCUCAGCCAUGUUGAGAGAGGGGAUAUGCACCUUGCAUUUACUUACUGUGUAAACAACCCUACAUCAGUAGGACAACUCCAUACACAGUAACUCACAUAAAAUGAUGACAGCUGAGUUACCAGAAAUCUGGCAUUCGUAAUGAGAUUGCUGACUUUAUCAGUAAAUAGUUGUUAUUGCUAAUAACAAAUAGCAAUUAUUUCAAGUUACAAAAGAUCUUUCAGAAUACUGAUAGUUACAUGUAUAGUCAAUUUGACAAGCCGUUACUGGUUGCAAUAUUAUGGUCUUAUGAUAGAUCUUAUUAUUAAGCAAUUUGUAAUAUUUUGAUACAAAAAUGUGUAGAAGUUGAGGCAAUUCUGGAAGAACAGCCAUGUGCAGUACCCACUACCCAAAAUACAAAGUAAUCAAUAUACAAUUUCGUAAAAAAAGACAACUUCGCCAAUAGCUCUUGUAAAAUUUGCUGCACCGGCCUGUGUAUAACAGAAACCAGUCAAAGUUUUACCGUAGUUUUAUCGUAGGAAUAUGUGUAGUUUAAGUUGGUGUAAGUUUACUGAAAUUUGUCCUUUGUCUAGAAAGCUUUGAACAGAAACUCUCUAUCUAUCUCAGAUGUUUAGCAAGUAUAUAACUGUACCUCUUUGCUUUCACUUGGGCAUAAUAGCUAUUGAGGAGAUUUGUUUUCCCCCUUAGUAUUUUUCCCAAAGUCUCAAUCUUUUGCAAUCUGUUGUAUUUCUUAUGUUUAUAAUGUAUAUAUAUAGAGAGUCUUACUGAUUUAAGGAACAUUUCUUAAUAUCUAUUACAAGACCAAAUUGUCAAGUUUGUCCAUGCAUCAUACAGGGUAUCUCCACCAUGGAGGUCUUUAGCCAAAACAUGUAUAUAUAAAAACAUAGGAUUC